AUGAACCUCCACGCAAGUGAUAUGUCUACCCCGGACAGAGCCACGGUGAACUCCGCCAACAAGAAGGAGUUCAAGACCGCGCUCUGCAACGAGCUGGUGAACAAGAUCACCGCGCAGGGGUACUACCCCAUGUCGCAGUUCAUCAAGGACUGCCUGACCCACCCCCAGUACGGCUACUACGCGGCGAAGAAGCACGUCAUUGGAGGCGAGAAGGCUGACUUCAUCACUGCGGCAGAGAUCCCAUUCUUUGGCGACGUGCUCGCUGCCUGGGUGAUGGAUGCUUGGCAGAAGAUGGGUACACCACGCGUGCUGCACCUCGUGGAGAUGGGGCCUGGUCGUGGUACGCUUAUGAAGACGAUGCUGAAGCAGAUUCAGUACUCGAACCCACAUCUGGUGCACUUCUUGCAGAUACACCUCAUCGAGGUCGGGGCGGCGCGCCGCGAGGAGCAAAAGAGGGCUCUGGCGGCAUUCCAGACGGCUCAGGGAAAGAUCAAGUGGUGGAUGGACCUGGAGUCGUUGCCUUUUUCGCUUGAACCAACCGUGUUCAUUGCGAAUGAGUACUUCGAUGCGCUGCCGGUUGCCCAGUUCCGCUACACCGAGCGCGGGUGGGUGGAGACGUGCGUGGAGGUGGACACCGACCCUGGCACAGAGGCCCACUUCCGCCUUGUCCACGCUCCGUCCGGGUCGAUGUCGGCCUACCUUAUCCCUGACGAUGUUCGCACCAAGGGAAAGAGCGGCGACUGCGUUGAAGUGAACACGGUCGGGAUGCAGACGAUGGAAACGCUCAUGAAAAAGAUGAUGGAUUGCCAGAAGGCUGCGUGCCUUCUGAUUGACUAUGGCAAGGAUGAUCACAUGCACAGCACACUCCGCGGAAUCCGUGGCCACCGCUUCGUUGACCCGCUGCUGUCACCCGGAGAGGUCGAUCUCUCGUGCUGGGUGAGCUUCCGGCAGUUGCGGUGGGUUCUUGAGCGGCUGGAGGUGGCGCGGCGGCACCUCAAGUGGUUCCCGGUGAUGACGCAGCAUGACUUUCUGCUCGAGAACGGUAUUGAUGUUCGACUGGCGCAUGUGAUUAAGGACGAGGAGACGAAGACGGCAAUGAAGGUGCUGCAGAACUACCGGCGGUUGAUGGACAAAGAGGAGAUGGGGGAGAGCUACAAGGUGUUCGCGUUUCAGACCCGAAACUUUCCGAACGUCUCGCCCUUCUUUGCCGAGAUGCCGCUGCCUCCGCUGUCGCAGGGGCGUGGGCGGUAG